UUUUGGUAAGCUGUCUUGAAAUAGAAGAUGACGUCAUUUGUAUUAGCCAAUAACGUAUUUCUAAAUGAAGGUUAACCAAUGAGAUCGCUUGAAAACGAAUUUGGACGGCUUCAACGUUUGGGACCAGGCAGGAGAAGGUGUUUAGUUUUUCUGAAAUCCGGAAAACCAGGAUAUGAUGACCUCAUUGGCACUCAUCAGCCACAUAGCGAGUCACUGAGUGUUACAUGUGUACAGUGUACAUGUUAUGACAAAGUUCUGAGUAGAACAUGUACAUACAACAGGUACAGUAAAGAAAAAAAAUUAUCAAAUAUCACUGACUUCUGUGAGUAUGGGGUCAUUCUUAGAGAAGCCAAAGACUGAGAAAGAAAACACGAGCGGAAGUGGGAAUGGCCUAUCCUAUGGCAUCUGUAGCAUGCAAGGAUGGCGUAUGGAAAUGGAAGACGCACAUACUGUUAAGAUCGGCUUGCCAUUUAACAUGCAUGAUUGGUCAUUUUUUGCUAUAUUUGACGGCCAUGCGGGGCCUAAAGUGGCACGGUAUUCGGCAGAGCAUCUGCUUGAUGAAAUUUUAAAUAACUCUGAUUUUAAAGGUACUGAACAACCGGUUGAAAAACUGGAACCAACAAUAGACAACAUUGUUAAAGGUAUAAGGACAGGAUUUCUAAAUAUUGAUGCUAAAAUCUGCAGUUGGACUGAAACUGUUCAUGGAAAUGAAAGAAGUGGGUCUACAGCUGUAGGUGUACUAAUCUCCCCAACGCACUACUUUUUCAUUAACUGUGGUGAUUCCAGGGGAGUUCUCUGCCAAAAUGGCCAACCAGUUUAUAGUACUCAAGAUCAUAAGCCAGGGAAUCCCGAAGAGAUGGAACGCAUUGUAAGAGCCGGUGGUCAAGUUUACUUACAAAGAGUCAACGGAUCACUAGCGGUUUCCCGGGCAUUGGGGGAUUACGAUUACAAGUUAGUACGCGACAAGCCUGCCAUUGAGCAACUAGUGUCGCCUGAACCAACAGUUACUGUGCGGGAACGCAGUGAUGAGGAUCAGUUUAUCGUUUUAGCUUGUGAUGGUAUUUGGGAUGUUAUGAAGAAUGAAGAUGCAUGUCAGUAUAUACUGAAUCGACUACAAAUAUCACACGACUUAAAAGACAUCUGUAGUCAAGUUGUGGAUACCUGUUUAUUUAAGGGUAGCCGUGACAACAUGAGCAUAACAAUAAUAAGUUUGAAAGCCAUCCCUGAAGUAUCUGAAGAAGCUAUCCAAAAAGAUAAAGAAUUAGAUGAUUGGUUAGAAAAAAAGAUAACAGAAAUAUUUGAUAAGUCUGCAAAUAAGGAAGAAGUUGACAUACCUUAUGUACUGCAUGUAAUCAAUGAGGAAGACGUUGGUCAGUUUCCCCCUGGAGGUGGACUGCAGGCCAAACGGGCAAAGAUUGAAGAGAUCAUGCAGAGUAUACACCCUACAUACAAGAAAGAAGAGGGACUUAGUGGAUGGUUACCUUCUAUUCUACGGAGGGUACCCGACGAGGGUGAGUUAAAUGAGGAGGGUGGGGAGGAGACCGGAAUGCAUGCUUGAUAGUCGCACUCAUUCACAUUAAAUUUUGUUGGAAUUCCCAACUAAAUCUAGCCAGAUUGUAUCAUAGGCAACUAAAUACAGAUUUCAGGCUGGCUAAGGUAAGAUUGAAAAGAUGUCAGAUGAUUUAAAAUGUGUGUGAAUACAGUUGAAGAGAUCAGACAAGAACAACAGGAAUAUGUAGUAGAUUAAGUUAGGUUUCUUAAGUACAGGUGGCUCUUUUGUUUGCCCUUUUUGUUUGAAUUGAUGCCGCGAUAUUGGUUCAUUUUUUGUAAGUUUUGAAUUAAUUGUACAUUACAAAAUACCAUUUGAUAUUAUUUGAAUCAAUUCAGUGUGUUUUGGAGUUGAACUAUAAGAAGCAACAAUUAAUUUUUCAAGAUAGGAUGAGAGGAAUGAUUGAUUUUACCAUUUGUCUUUUAAGCUGGGCACACACUGCGCUGACGGUUGUUGGCCGACAUUACCCCAUGGAAAAUGCAAUGCGACAAGGAAUGUGCAAAGCAUAGUUUUUAAUUAACAAUUUGCUGAGACUGCCACCAACAGUCAGCAAACAGCAUUAAAUCCUUAAGCAGUCACAAAUAGCAGAAAGAGAUUCACACAUCAGCGGUGUAAGGCUGAGUCGUUGUGCCCUGGGUGAAAACAUAUUCAGGCCUAUGAAUUUCAAAGUUUUCGCCAAUCUACAGUAAAAACAUGAAUACGAAGGCUGAAAAUACUGCACAAAAGCAAUGUCAGUAUUGUUAAAGAAUACAAUUAUAUCUUGUGACUAUAAACCAUAAAAUCAACUUUAUUUUCCCACACUCCGGGGCACCCGAGAGCCCAUAGGUGUUACGCCAUUGUUGAGUGCAGUGUGUGCUUGGCUUUACUGUAUUCUCAUGAAAACACUGAACGAUGCUGAUGGUGAACUUCAUUCUUAAUUCAAAAGACAUUAACAUUUGCUUAAAAUGCAUUAAAUUAUUGGGUUUUUUUUCUUGCUCCAAAAAUCAGUACAAAGUUCAAUCUUACAAUGUUAUUGAUGAGUUAAUAAUUUUUCUAUAAGAAAGUUGUCAUUGUGGUAUUACUUCAUGUUAAUAGUAAAGUAUUUUUUUAUGUUGCAUGUUAUGAAUGUUCUUACUGAAUGUUCAAAGAAUAUUAAAAAAAAAUAUUUACGAUUGAGGUAACAAGAAUUCACCUUUUUAAAAAAAAUGUUGACUAUGCUAUGUUGUACUUUUUAAAUUUUUGUUGAUGAAAUGACUAUUGUACUGUACACCUAAUCUCACCCAAGUAGAAAUCUCUUCUACUUGGUUGGACUGCUCUAUCCUUCCAUCUUCUUUUAGAUCUUUUGUGAUAUAUUUCCCAUUUCAAUUUAAAUUAAUUUUGAGAAAAUAAUAUGUGGUAUUCUUUUUAUGAUAAAUGGGACCAAGAGAUGGUGUUUGUUAGUUUUUUUUUUUAGUACUGUACUGUAGGUAUGUGUUUGCAUGAUCCGGUGCUAAUGAGUGAAAAGCUGGUGCAUUUGGAAAGAAUGAAAACUGAGAUGAGAUUUCAGGUGGAGCCAUGUAUCAUCAGGGUUUGAUCUUGCUAGUCUAUGCAUUUGGAAUAUAUGAUUAAUAAUUAAUCGAAGUAAAUGUUUGGUAUCUAAGAAGAAAUCUUCAUGUUUGGAUGAAGUAGACCUUGGAUAGGGUGUAUGAGGGUAAUGCUGCACCCAUGAUCUUGAAUAGGAUGGUUCUGAAAUGGCAUUGCACUCCUGUAACAUGUCUUGUUAAAGAGAUAUUGGAAUAGCAUGGCAGUCAUGUGCCAUGUCAUGGUCUUUCAUAAAUACGUAUUGGGAUAACUCUACAAUUCUGUGUCAUUUUCUUCUUAUGAGGUAUUGGGAUGGCACUGUACUCUGUGACAUGUCCAGGUUUCAGGAGGUAUUGGGAUAGCACUGUACUCUGUGACAUGUCCUGGUUUGAGGAGGAACUGGGAUGGCACUGCACUUCUGUGACAUGUCUUGUUCUUUGAUAAGUAAGAGGUACUUGGGAUGGCACUGCACUUCUGUGACAUAUCUUGUUCUUUGAUAAGAGGUGUUUGGGAUGACACUGCACUCCUGUUAUCAUCAUGGUCUUUGAUAUGAUGUAUUUGGAUGGCACGAUAUACAGUAUGAUGCAUCUAGAUCAGAUGUAUCAGGAUGGCAUUGCACUACUCUAAUUAAUCUAUAUCAGGCGUAUUGUGACAGCAAUACUCCUGUGCAAGUCUACCUCUGUAUCUUAGAUACGUAUUAGGAUGGCAAUGCCCAUCUGGGACAUGUCUAGAAUUGGAUGAAUGUAGUGGUGAUAGCAAUGCACAAGUCUAGAUCUUGGAACAUAUGUAUUGGAAAGGUAAUACAUCCUGUGACACAUGUCUAGAUAU